AUGGAGGAGAAGAAGGGUGGAAAGAUGCCUGGAGAACUCAAGGAGCUGGAAGAGCUAGUGAGACACCACAUAGAUUCCUUUGAUUACAUGGUGGAUAGAGGAUUGGAAAUCAUGCUGGAUAACAUCAAACCUGACGUUCGUUCAAGAACAAAUCGUAUGCGUCUACUUCCCUUUGAAUGUCGGCAGGCAAAGACUUCGUAUACAGGGAAGUUUGAGGCGGAUGUUUGCUUUCAAUAUGAUGGUAGACCAGCUAUCAGAGAAAAAUACAAUUUUGGGCAGUUUCCUAUAAUGUUGAAGUCAAAGCUUUGUCACUUGCGAAGUGCUGAUCCUCAAAAGCUUGUUUCCCUUAAAGAAGAGGCAUCGGAAGUGGGUGGGUGUGUAAGAGAAUAUGAAUCUUCAUUAACAGAUCACUCUUCAGUAACAGUUAGACUAUAUUAUCUUCGUAAUGGAAGUGCAAGAGUUGGAUUUUGGGUAAGAGGAAGGGAGUACUUGCUUCCUGUUGGCAUUGUGUUGAAGGCCCUUGUUGAGACCACAGAUCGGGAAAUUUAUGAGAAUUUGACGUGUUACUAUGAUGAGAAAUAUGAGAAGGUAAAGGGAGCUGUUGGUUCUCAGCUUGCGGGUGAAAGGGCAAAAAUUAUUCUUGACGAAGUUCGGGUUGCAUCUCUUUUCACUCAGGAUGACUGUUUGCAGCAUAUUGGUACUCACAAUUUCAUUAAUAUUAGCAUUGCUGUGCAUUUUGUUGGGGGAACAAAAGUUGAUUCCAUUCUUUAUGCAGGGGAGCACUUCCAACCUGUUGUUGAUGAGUUGGAAAACAAAACUUCCUAUACUGUUUAUGUUGCAGAAGCUUUACUCUUUUGUCGAUCAGACUUCUGCGCCAGACAACCCAGAUUCCUUGCAAAAUCAGGAAAUCUUACUUCCCGGGCACUUGAUGACCAUUUAUCUCAAGCUGAAUCUUUAGAGGAGGCUCAAGCUUUUGACUGUGUAGAGGAGGACAAGCUGUUGACCAAGCUGAUUCUGUUUGAGCUCUAUGAGAAACUAGAAGAAUGGUUGCGUAAGGCAAAAACUCUUAUUCAAGAGGAGAUAACAAAAAACAACACUUUUAAUUUUUUGGCAGUAGGAGAUGUCAGGAAGGUGGUGGAUAAAAAUUCCUCAGUAACAAUAAGUUCAGCUUUGGAGACGAUGUUGAGAUCUGGAAGACUGGUUACGCAAACAGGUCUUGAUUUGCAGCAGCUGCUAACUGGAACCCAGUAUGUCACCCAGACACUCAUUAGGAUAGAUAUGAAAUCAUCUGACAUGAGGGCUGGUUACACUGUUCAAGCAGAGAGGCUCAAUUAUCUGCGCUUUCUUUCUUUUUUUCGUGCUGUACAUCGAGGGGCAUCCUUUGCUGGUGGUCGCACAACAAGUGUGCGGAAGCUGCUUCCUGAAUCAUGGGGUUUUCUUUGCCCAGUCCACACACCUGAUGGAGAGCCAUGUGGGUUGCUGAACCACAUGACUUGUUCUUGUCGUGUUACAUCCUACUUUGAUUCACAAGGAGCUGUUAAAGAUUUUUUUGAUAUAAGAAAAUCCAUUCUUGGUGUUUUGACCAGUCUUGGAAUGAUUUCUUCAUUGCCAAAGCUUGUUCAAGCUGGCCCUCCUAAAGUUCUUUCUGUUCUUUUGGAUGGUCGUGUCGUUGGUUCUGUGCCUUCCAGUGAAAUUGAGAAAGUUGUUGCUCAUUUGCGAAGAUUAAAAGUGUCAGCUGCUUCAGUGAUUCCUGAUGAUCUGGAAGUUGGACAUGUUCCUUUGAGCAUUGGUGGAGCAUAUCCAGGUUUAUACAUAUUCACACAUCCUUCGAGAUUUAUUCGCCCAGUUAGAAAUAUUUCUAUCCCUCGUAAGGAAGAUCAAGAUAUUGAACUUAUUGGACCAUUUGAACAGGUGGAUGGUGGAAAUGGUGGAAGAAGUGACGCCUUUCCUGCAACUCAUGAAGAAAUUCACCCAACAAAUAUGCUCAGUUUGGUUGCUAAUCUAACACCUUGGUCAGAUCAUAAUCAAAGUCCCCGAAAUAUGUACCAGUGUCAGAUGGCUAAACAAACAAUGGCUUUCUCUUUACAAUCUCUCCGCUUCCGUGCUGAUCAGAAGAUGUACCAUCUUCAGACUCCUCAAACUCCCAUUGUACGUACAGGAGCAUACACGAAAUAUAGUGUUGAUGAGCAUCCAACAGGGACAAAUGCAAUUGUUGCAGUGCUUGCAUAUACAGGAUAUGAUAUGGAGGAUGCCAUGAUUCUGAACAAGUCCUCUGUAGAUCGUGGCAUGUUUCAUGGACAGAUAUACCAGACGGAAACUAUUGACUUAUCUGAUGAGGGCAGCAGGUCAGAUCGAUCCCACAGAAGGUUUAGGAGGAGUAACACUGAUAGGUCAUCGCAUGCCUUUAUUGAUUCAGAUGGACUUCCAUAUGUCGGUCAGAUGAUACAUCCAAAUGAGCCAUACUGCAGCAUUUAUAAUGACAUAACGAAUACAUCAAAACCCAAGUACCGAAAAGGUUCAGAACCUGUUUUUGUUGAUUAUGUUGCUGUUGAUACGAAAAGCAAAAAGCAUCUUCAGAAGAUUUCUUUAUAUACAACAGGAGGGAAAAUGAGGUGCAUGCCGUUGUCAAGUGUUUUUAUUAUCUGUUUGUGGAUUGUCACACCAUCAUCCAGUUAUGUGUUGGAAGGAAUUCUUUCAGUUAGCUUAAGGCAUGCUGGUGAGAUAUUAGUAGUGGCCUUAACGAACAAUACGGUGGUGAAUAUUCGUUUUCGUCAUCCUAGAAACCCUAUCAUUGGUGACAAGUUUAGCAGUAGACAUGGGCAGAAGGGUGUUUGCUCCCAGUUAUGGCCAGAUAUUGAUAUGCCAUUUUCCGGAGUUACCGGGAUGCGUCCUGAUCUGAUUAUCAAUCCCCAUGCUUUUCCUUCAAGAAUGACAAUAGCAAUGCUUUUGGAAUCCCUUGCUGCCAAGGGAGGUAGCUUAAACGGAAACUUUGUAGAUGCUACACCAUUUUCUAGUUCUGUGAGGGUAGCUAAUGCAGGGGAGGCCAAAACAGAAUCUGAAUCACUUGUUGAUGAACUUGGGAAAAUGCUAAAAUCUAAGGGCUUUAAUCAUCACGGCGUGGAGGUGUUGUACAGUGGGGUUUAUGGAACAGAACUCACAUGUGAAAUUUUUAUUGGGCCCGUUUAUUAUCAGCGCCUUCGUCACAUGGUUUCAGACAAAUUUCAGGUCCGGUCAACUGGACCAGUCGACCAGAUUACUAGACAGCCUAUUAAAGGAAGAAAGCAUGGUGGAGGUAUUCGAUUUGGAGAAAUGGAACGAGAUUCAAUGCUUGCCCAUGGAGCUGCAUACUUGUUGCAUGAUAGGCUCCAUACUUGUUCUGAUUAUCACAUUGCGGAUGUAUGUUCUCUUUGUGGAAGCAUUCUCACGACACAUAUCCAACCACAAAGGCGAAUAGUGCGUGAUAUUGGUGGAUUACCUCCUGUGAAGGGUCCCAAAAAAGUGGUUUGCCAUGCAUGCCAAACCAGCAAAGGGAUGGAAACUGUUGCAAUGCCUUAUGUCUUCAGAUUUUUAGCUGCCGAAUUAGCAGCUAUGAACAUAAAAAUGACCCUCCAGUUAAACGAUGGAGCAUGA